AUGGCGACUGACCCAAUGAAAAACCGCAUGCAUGUCUUCAAGAAUACAGGCAAAGAUGUUGAUGAAAUGCGCAGGCGAAGGAACGAAGUCACAGUGGAGUUGAGGAAAAACAAAAGAGAAGAAACUUUGCAGAAACGUCGUAACGUGCCCAUCAGUGACUCGACAGAUGAGGAUGAAAUUGAGAGGACGCCAGACAUCCAAGAGCUAGUGAUCAACGCUAAAGCAGAAGACCCCGAUAUACAACUAGCUGCUGUACAACAAUGUAGAAAACUAUUGUCAUCAGAUAAAAAUCCCCCUAUUGAUGACCUGAUCGAUGCUGGCAUUCUACCCAUCUUAGUUCAGUGCCUCUCUAGAGCUGAUAACCCAACUCUACAAUUCGAAGCCGCCUGGGCUCUGACAAACAUAGCCUCGGGAACUUCGGCACAGACUAAUAAAGUGGUUCACGCUGGUGCUGUACCCUUAUUCUUGCAGCUGCUCGUAUCGCCACAUGAAAAUGUCUGUGAGCAGGCAGUUUGGGCUUUAGGUAACAUUAUUGGAGAUGGUCCAAUGCUCAGAGACUUAGUGGUAGAGCUUGGUGUUGUUCAGCCAUUAUUGAACUUCAUCAAACCCAAUAUCCCCAUCACAUUUUUACGUAAUGUUACAUGGGUUAUUGUGAACCUGUGCAGGAGUAAGGACCCACCACCACCUGUUAAGACUAUCCAAGAGAUACUUCCAGCCCUCAAUGUUCUUAUCACACAUUCAGAUGUUAAUAUCUUAGUGGACACAGUGUGGGCAAUUAGUUAUCUAACAGAUGGAGGCAAUGAACAGAUCCAAAUGGUGAUUGAGUCUGGUAUUGUUCCCAAAUUGAUCCCGUUGCUUUCACAUAAAGAGAUGAAAGCACAGACUGCUGCACUCAGGGCUGUUGGUAACAUUGUGACUGGAACGGAUGAACAAACGCAGGUUGUGCUUAACUGUGAUGCCUUAUCGCACUUCCCUGCAUUACUGUCUCAUUCGAAAGAGAAGAUUUGCAAGGAGGCAGUAUGGUUCCUCUCAAACGUGACAGCUGGUAACAAGCAGCAAGUGCAAGCAGUAAUUGAUGCCGGUUUGCUGCCAAAGAUUGUGGAAAACCUCAGCAAGGGCGAGUUCCAGACGCAGAAGGAAGCUGCGUGGGCUGUGUCAAACCUGAGCAUAAGCGGAACUAAGGCGCAAGUGGCUGCUCUCAUUAACUGCGGCGUCAUACCUCCCUUAUGUAACUUACUUAGCUGCAAAGAUACGCAAGUUAUAAGUGUAGUGCUGGACGGUCUGAGCAAUAUGCUGAAGAUGUCUGGCGAGAAUGUUGAGCAGGUGGCCAACAUGAUCGAGGAGUGUGGCGGCAUUGACAAAAUUGAGCAGUUACAGGGUCACGAGAAGAUGGAGAUAUACAAGAUGGCCUAUGAUAUCAUUGAGCAAUACUUCGCUGGGGAGGAGGAGGACGCUUCGCUGGCGCCCGCCGCGGCCGAGGCCGGCUUCCAGUUCGAGCCGGCGGGCGGCGCGCCGCAGGCCGGCUUCCGCUUC